AAUUUUUACCAGAGUACUUACUGCACAGCUCUGGCUUAUGGUGUUGCUGAGAAUUGAACCUGGGACCUCAGAAUCUCAGUGCAGACCAGCGAUGGCGGCAGCCACCACGACCCAGGCCCCAGCUGAGCUGAGCUGGGUGGACGAGCGCCAGCGGCAGCGCCUGAACGAGAUGCUCAUCGUGGUGGACAGGGACAACCGGGUCCUGGGAGCCGACACCAAGCGCAAUUGCCACCUGAACGAGAACAUCGACAGAGGGCUGCUGCACCGGGCCUUCAGCGUGGUCCUGUUCAACACGGACAACAGAUUCCUGAUACAGCAGAGGGCUGACACCAAGGUCACCUUUCCAGGGUAUUUCAGUGAAUCCUGCUCCAGCCACCCCCUGAACAUCCCGGAAGAACUGGAAGAGAAAGAUGCCCUGGGGGCAAGGCGUGCAGCUGUGAGGAGAAUGAAGGCUGAGCUGGGGAUCCCCCCUGAGCAGAUCUCGCCAGAGGACGUGAUGUUCAUGACCACCUUCCACCACAAGGCCCGGUUUGACAGCGUCUGGGGAGAACAUGAAAUCUGCCACCUUCUGCUGGUGCGCAAGAACGUGAGCAUCCAGCCAGACAUCAACGAGGUCAAGAGCUUCCGCUAUGUCAGCAGGGAGGAGCUAGAGGAGCUGCUGCAGCAGGGGGAGCACGGGGAGGUCAAGGUGGCCCCCUGGCUCAGGACCAUCACCCAGCUCUUUCUGUCCCAGUGGUGGCCUCACCUGGACCAGUUGGACCGCUUUGUGGAGCCUCACAAGAUCCACAGAGUGUGAGCUUCCGGGAGUGUCUGCCACCCGUGACACCCCUGCCCCUACCUUGGCCUCUGCUCUGCCUGCUGCCCUGACUGCACCCCUGCCCUGCCCCUCCUCACGGUGGGUUCAGGGAAGUCACACAUGUGCCCCCAGCUUUGCUUCCACCCACUCUGCUCUCUGCACCUGCAGUUUGUGAUCUGGUGAUGAAUAAACCCAGCCUUGCAACAACAAA